GAACGUUGUGGAAACGUGAAGCGCCUGCGUGUUGCUGCUUUCAUUUAGCUUCAUUGAACAGAGCUGAGAAGCCGAAACACACAAAAACAUGAGUUUAUUAAACAAGCCCAAAUCUGAGAUGACUCCAGAGGAGCUCCAGAAGCGAGAGGAGGAAGAGUUUAACACCGGUCCACUUUCAGUGCUCACCCAGUCUGUGAAAAACAACACACAGGUCCUCAUCAACUGCCGCAACAACAAGAAGCUGCUGGGCAGAGUCAAAGCAUUCGACAGGCAUUGUAAUAUGGUUCUGGAGAAUGUGAAAGAAAUGUGGACAGAGGUGCCCAAGAGCGGCAAAGGCAAGAAGAAGUCAAAGCCAGUGAACAAAGAUCGCUACAUCUCCAAGAUGUUCCUGAGAGGCGACUCGGUCAUCGUGGUGCUGAGGAACCCACUCAUCACAGGGAAAUAAAGCUGACGUGUAACACGACUGUUCAAGUACAGGCUGUCUCCUGGACACACACUCACUCACACAACUGUGUUAAAAGUGCUAAUUAGGCUUUUCAGCUAAUUAAUUAUUACUUCAUACACAGAAUGCCUUGAGCUGAAACAAUAAUGUUUAGCUGGAAAACGUUUAACAUCAUCUGGAGAGAUUGUCUGGUCAACAAAAUGAUAAAGAUGUUGGAGUUAAUUUUGUUGUUGUUAUUGUUUUGUCAUUUGUGAUUUGUUUUCUAAAUAAAUUUUUGGAUAUUCAA